AUGGACCGAAUGAUAUUCGGAGAAGUUAGUCAGCCAAUUCAACAUCCCUAUUCGGACCCCAUUGUACUUACCAUCAAGCUCAAAUACGGCCACGAGCACCUAGAGAAGCUAGAACGGCCGCUGAUCGGAUUUGGAGGAAGCAGAGUCUGCCCAUCCGGCACUAUAGUUCUACCAUCCAGGUUUGGAGACAAGGAAAAUGGCCGAACCUUGCCGGUUCGCUUCACUGUAGUGGACAUUCCUUUUCCAUACAACAUUAUUAUGGGUCUUCCCCUCAUCAAUAAAGUUAAAGCCGUCAUAUCCACACACCAGCUGCUCAUCCAGUAUGAAAAGGACGAUGGCAAGGUUGGAAUUUUGUAUGGGGAUCAAAAGAUCUCAAGAGAAUGUCAGGUCAAUUCGCUCAAAAUGGGGAUUGAGAGCAAUGAGCAUGAGAAUGAAAGUCGGAAGAGAAAGGCGGAGCAGGUGGAGUCGGUUUUACAUGUGGCCGAUGAUGACACUCGUAAAAUGAUUCGAACUGAGCCCGAAUUUAGUCGGACCCUAAGGGAAGACCUAAUAGCUGUCAUUCGGCAAUACCGAGAGGUGUUUGCCUAUGCCGUCGAAGAAAUACCGGGAAUUCCAACCGAGGUAGCUUCACAUCACCUCGACAUCAAAUCCGGCUACAAGCCGGUGAAGCAGAAAUUACGACAUCAGGGUGCAAAGAGAGCACGAGCCGGUAAAGAAGAAGUUGAUCGGCUGCAAGUAUUUGGAAUGACAAGUUGGUUGAUUCUACUGUCGGCCACGCUUUGUAGAGUUUCAUGGAUGCCAAAGCCGGAUAUCACCAAAUCCCAAGCCGCGGGAGAUAGGACGCACACCGCCUUUAUCACCCCAAUGGGAGUUUAUUGCUACAUGGUAAUGUCUUUCGGCCUAAAAAAUGCGGGGGCAACUUACCAACGGAUGGUUAAUAAGAUAUUCAAGGAUCAAAUCGGCCGAAAUUUGGAAGUGAACAUUGAUGACAUGAUAGCCAAGAGCAAAAGGGUCGAGGAUCAAGCCGAACACCUUCGCGAGACGUUUGAAACCCUCCUCGCCAACAGAAUGCGCCUUAAUCCUGAGGAUUGUGUUUUCGGGGUCAUCGGCGGGAAAUGCCUCGGCUUCGUCGUUGAUGAAAGAGGAAUCGAGGCUAAUCCGGACAAGAUACAAGCCAUCCUGGCAAUAAAGUCUCCUAGAACUGUCAAGGAGGUGCAACGCCUCACCGGCUGCAUCGCAACUUUGAGCUGUUUUAUGUCAAAAUCGGCUGAUCGUUGUUCAACAUUCUUCCAUGUUCUAAAGCAAACUAAUUUCAAAUGGGAUGAAGAAGCCGAAAAAACGUUUAUUGAACUGAAGAAAUUCCUUGCCGAAGUGCCCAAGCUCGUUUCGCCAUUGCCGGGCGAAAUUUUGUAUCUAUAUGUAUCCAUUUCUGACUAUUCAUUGAGUGCGGUGCUGGUGGCGGAAAGACACAAACAACAAUAUCUCAUUUACUAUAUUAGCCACGCAUUCCGCAGCUCUGAGUCCCGCUAUAGUCCAAUUGAAAAAUCACUCUUCGCUUUGCUCAUGGCCAACAGGGCCAAUCAACUGGCCGAUUAUGGUAUUGAAUAUGAACCUAGAACGACCAUCAAGGCGCAAGCACUGGCGGAUUUCAUUGUAGAGAUGACCGAAUCGAUGGAAGGAGUUCCCUUGGAAGAAGCAUGGAAAUUGUACGUCAAUGGAUCCUCCACCCGCCUCUGCUCCGGAGCGGGACUAUUAAUUAUCUCUCCCAAUGGUGCUAGACUAGAACAUGCAGUGCGAUUCAACUUCUCGGCCACCAACACCGAGGCCGAGUACAAAGCCUUGCUAUUAGGAAUAGGAAUAUGCCUUGCAUCCGGUGCAAAAAAGGUUGUUGCACAUACGGACUCGCAACUGAUCGCAGGACAUGUGAAUGGCGAUUAUGAAGCGAAGAAUGAUAGCAUGAAGUUGUACCUCGCCAAGGUAUGGGAAGCGAUAGCAAAAUUUAACUCGGUGGUAAUUCUUCACAUUCCUAGAUUCGAGAAUGCAUAA